AUGCGUGUGUUGCUAAACCAUGUUACGGGCAAAACAUCCUUUGACGACUUGCUCACCGUGGACGGCGUGCUAUGUGGGAGCUUUAGAGAGGCUGCUGAAAGGUUGGGACUCAUCGAGGCAGACAACACGCUCGACGACUGUCUUACUGAGGCUGAGCAGUGGGCGAUGCCAUGUUCUCUUAGGAGGCUCUUCGCAACCAUCUUGGUGCACUGCGAGCCAGGCGACGUGCGUGGUUUAUGGGAUAGGCACCUCGAGCCUAUGUCAGAUGACUAUCGUCGAUCACGCACGUCCCCUGACGAGGUGGAGCAGAUGGUGUUGCUAGACAUUAGGGGUAUGUUGCAGUCCAUGGGUAAAGAUAUUGUUGAUUUCACUCUUCCAAGCAUAGAUGAUGCGUUUGACCCAACCGAGGGCGAGGCAAGAGAGGUCAUCGAGGAAACAACCGUUGAGUUUGACAUGGAUGACACUAAGUUGGUAUCUUCGCUGAACUUGGAGCAAAGGGCCGCAUACGACGAGAUACUAACGGCUGUUGAACGCGGUGAUGGGGGUGUAUUCUUUGUUGAUGGCCCUGGAGGUACAUGGAAGACCUUCCUAUACAGGGCGAUGCUUGCCAAGGUGAGGAGCCAAGGCAAGAUUGGUAUCGCUACCGCGACGUCGGGCGUCGCCGCUUCUAUCAUGCCUGGCGGCAGGACUGCCCACUCGAGGUUCAAGAUCCCAUUGAGUUGCGAUGAUGGAGCCUCGUGCAGCUUCACCAAGCAGAGUGGGACCGCCAAGCUCCUAAGGAUGGCCUCAUUGAUAAUAUGGGACGAGGCCAGCAUGACGAAGCGACAAGCGGUAGAGGCAUUGGACAACAGCAUGCGCGACAUCAUGGGAAUACGUGACCGACCCUUUGGAGGAAAGACUGUUGUUUUUGGUGGGGACUUUCGGCAGGUGCUUCCGGUCGUCAGAAGGGGGUCGCGGGGCCAGAUAAUUGAUGCAACCCUCCGAAGUUCUCAUCUGUGGAAGUAUUACUUGCUAAGGGUCGGCAAUGGCACUGAGGAUGUAGAUGAUCAAGGCAACAUACUACUCCCUGAAGAUAUUUGUCUGCCGUCUACAGGCGAGGUUGACGACCUGGAUAAACUUAUUGACCACGUGUUUCCGAGUCUAGACGACAAUAUGUCUGAUUCCAAUUACAUGACAUCUCGAGCAAUCCUUUCCACGACAAACGACAAUGUCAACAAGAUAAACAUCCGCAUGAUAGACCGUUUUCAUGGAGAUGAAGUAAUCUACCAUAGCUUUGACAUUGCAGAGGACGACCCAUAUGGCUACUACGCUCAGGAGUUUCUUAAUGGAUUGACUCCUAAUGGUCUUCCUCCGCAUGCACUCAAGCUAAAGUUGAACUGCCCUGUCAUACUUCUAAGGAACAUUGAUCCAGCUAAUGGACUGUGUAACGGCACUAGGCUUGUUGUAAGAGGUUUUGAGAGGAACACCAUUGAUGCAGAAAUCGUGAUUGGUCAACACGCUGGCAGGAGGGUCUUCCUUCCUCGAAUACCUCUUUGCCCAUCUGAAAAUGACAUGUUUCCGUUCAAGUUUAAGAGAAAGCAAUUUCCUAUAAGGCUUAGCUUUGCUAUGACCAUUAACAAGGCUCAAGGGCAGACCAUACCGAUAGUUGGUGUCUACCUACCCAAUCCCGUGUUCUCUCAUGGUCAGCUCUAUGUUGCUUUGUCUCGAGCCACCGCAAAGAGAAACAUAAAGAUACUCAUUCAGAAGGAGAAGCCAAAGGAGAAGGCCAACAAGCUAAAGGACAAUCCAAAGAAGCGAAAAAGACCGACUGUGUCCUUACUGACCUCGAUGAAGAACAUCGUCUACAAGGAAGUCCUUACAGGCUGA